UUGUAGCUUGUGUAGAUUUUACAGUUUUGUAGCGAUGCGUCUGUAGAUAAGGUAGAGUUUAGUGUGUUUUUCUUUUGAGUUAUUGAGCUAAUUCUAGCGAAACUGUCAACAGAAAGUACAAAUUUCGACAGGCGUUCCUAUACAGUUCAGUUCCAGUCUUCGAACGCGUAAUGGACUUCAAUAAAUAAGUUAUGUUUUGAUUGGAGUGAACACGAACUAAGUCUCAAAAUUAACACCAAGGACUUAAAAAUUCUGGGCUUUUUAAGGAGAUCGGAACCAGGAUCACAGCUUACAGAGAAAUACCAAGAAAUAUAGCCCUCUUACUUCGUAUUUAGUUACUUUAGCAAAGCGAUAGGAUUGAGUGCUAGAAUUUUCAGUAACUGGUUCGGUAUGCAGGCGAUAUUGGAUGCUACUUAUAUUAAUCCUCGCUGGACUUCUUGAAAGCUCCUUUCGUAGAUGAAACAUCAAGUCCAGGACAUUUAUUUUUUUUAGAACUUCUGUGAGGAAAUUAUCCAAGAAUAUGAAUACAACAGAUGUUAGGAAGCAAGGAUUUUUACGAAGACUUAAGACUUUAAAAAGACGAUAUUUUGUUCUUCGUACUUCAUCAAAAUAUGGUAAAACAAGACUAGAAUAUUACGAAAGUGAAAAAAAAUUCCGUUCAAAUGCUCCACCAAAGCGAACGAUUCAUCUCACAAGCUGUUUCAACAUCGCACGAAAGGACGACACAAAACAUAAGUUUGUGUUUGCACUCUACACUAGAGAGGAUGCGUUUGGACUCAUUUGUGAGACUGAAGAAGAUCUGGAUUGCUGGCUGAAUGCUUUGUUAACAGAAAAAAAAAAUAGUGAAAGCGUCACUGAAAAUGAAUACUCACCAAAUGAUGGAGGUCUUGUGAAGUCCUUUUCUUCAAGUUCAAUGAAAAGGGAAUAUUAUAGCCCAGCAUCUCAUGUUUCCUCGUGGCCAGUCACCGUCAAACCUAGAGGACUGGGAACAAGUAAGAACCUCGCUGGGUCGUAUCUCCUCCAGCUGGCCAAUCACCAUUUGUCGCUUGUCAAGACACCAUCUGAAGAGCUCGCUGCUGAUUUUCGUCUGAUGAACGUCCGUCGGUGCGGACAUACAGACUGUUUUUUCUACAUGGAAGUUGGGAGGUCUUGUAGUACCGGUGCGGGAGAACUGUGGAUGCAAGUAGAUGAUCCUAUACUUGCACAACACCUACACGAAGUUAUAUUACUAGCGAUGCAAAACCUCUCUGGUGAGAGUUCUUCACUUUCUAGAUAUCGCUGUCACUCAGGAGGACACAAACAACGACCCACCUCGCUAAUGUUACUAAGUCCAACACGGUCGCGCUCAGACACCGAUACUUCUCUUCAUAAUCAGUCAUCAGAUGGUCCAGUAUCCCCCUCUAAACAUACCGAACAAUACAGUCCUGCACACACCAAGCCAUCAGCCAUGUUUCAAAGGCUGCUUUCGGUUGGCAAGAGAAAAACAGAAGAUCUUAGUCCCAGACUGUUCUCUAGACGUACGCAGUCCAAAUCUCUUUCAAUCGAUCCAUGUCAAGGAGGCCUGCUUGAUCGCGCUCAGUCGGUCGACUUUUCACGUUUAUUUAGUGGGGCUGACCUUCAAACACCAGAGACUCCCGAAUCACCCGAGAAAGAGAAAGAGAUCAUUUUCGACAUGGACGUGGAACCUGUGCGAACGUCAUCUAAUUCAUCUGGAUCAUCUGCAAGGAGUUGGGACCAGUCUCACUCGUACAUGAAUCUUGUGCUUCAUCGCAUGGAAGGUAGAGAUACUACAGACGAAGGGUACGACAGCACUCGUGGAGGCGAUACCACACCAAAGGAUGCUACCACGCCAACGGAUAAUAAACCGCUCCACGUUAUAGCACCAUCGAAUGGCGAAUCAUCCGAAAACAGCAGACCUCCAGAAGAUGAUCGUGCGCAAGAUGAUAGUGAGAAACCCAAGCUUGAUGAUAGAACUGUUAAGAAAGACGAAGAAGAAGAAGAUAAUAUCCAUCGAGGUUUCAAUAGCGUUACUGACUCAGGAGACGGAAAUUCCAAUGAAGCUGACGCAGAGCAGGUAGGAAUAUCUCCAAAAAGUCGAUCAAGAUACGAAGAUAUGUCUUUCAACUUUAAAAACCUGAACAUGAAAGGGGAACAAGACGAUGAAGAUGGGAAUUCCGAUGAGUCUGAAACAUUGACUCAUCUAUUCGAGAACUUAACAAUGCCAGCACAGUAUUCCCCUAAACAAAGACGCACUUCAGAGCCAGUGGUUAAUAAUAGUAGUCAGUCUCAACCAAAGGCAGUUUUUUCAGUAGAUCAAGUCACAUCAGAGACAAAAUCAUCUUCAAAGCAAAGACGCACGUCAGAACCUGCCACGCCAAGUAAAUACGAAUUGCGAGAACUUGUUCAGAUUAGGAAUUCUCCUUCUUCUUCGCCUCGAAGAAGCAAGAAAGGUGUUUCUUCUUUAGCGUCGACUAUAAACGGUUCAAUCGCAGAAAAUCCCGAUUCUGAAUCGGACUCGCCCUCCAACUCCAGAAGGCGGCGAAAUGCCAAUGGUUCAUCAGCUGAUACAAGCGAUGAUUAUGUGGUGAUGUCGCUUCAAGCUGGAUCACAUACGUAUGUCAACAUGACACCCAGAGAAGGCGGACCAAAACCCUCUGAGGACGGACCCACGUAUAUGAACUUUCGGCCAGGAGAAACUUCUAAUCUUAGUGAGAAGAACACGGAAGAGCACAGCUAUAUGAAUUUCAAACCCGGAGAUAUUCCUGAAGAGAGCGAGGCAAAAGCUCAGCCACCAAGUUAUAUCAAUGUUAUCCCUGGAAGUUUAACCAGAUCCGAAUCAGUUUCCCCUCGACCCAAACGAAAGCAUGCCUACGAGAACUUAAACUUGAAUGGAACGCUAAAAGUCAGUGAAUUGGAAUCUCAUGAUUAUAUGAACUUCAGUCCUCUAGGAACUGCCGAAGACAAAGGCGUUCCUAAGACAAAGUCUAUCCCGUCAUCCCCUCGUGGCUCGUUUGGAAGCUCACUGAGUCCGACUUCCGGCUGGGCGCGAAGAAUUCAAAGGCGGGAAAGCGAGCCAAUACCAGGUUCACUUUUGUCAGACGAAGAAACGGGAAUGUUAUUUCUUGACUUCAGUAAAAAAUCGAAGGAAGAGAAAGAGUUAAACUAUGUAUCUCUUGAUCACAGUAAAAUCAAAAAGAGAUCGGGAGGUAAAGGCAUGACUAAGACAAGACCAGCUUCCAUCAACACUCUUCCAAGCCAGAAAAGAUCCUGGGAUACGGGCCCUAAAUCCGCGUCAUUAGAAGCUGGGUAUGCUGAAAUAGAUUUUGCCAAGUCUCAAGGACUGCGGCAAGUUAUUCUAGAACACGAGAAAAGUAAACCGCAAAAAGAAUAGCGCCAUCUUAGUUUUCAGCUGGGGUGUCAGAAACUUUUGUCUUGUGUUACCACAUUUAACACAGGUAAUCCAUUAGAGGUAAAUAGUAUUUCUAGAAUGGGGCUAUUUCUAGAGUUCACUUCACAACGAUUCAGAAAAUGCCAAGGUAAAUCACAACCUUUUUAAAUAUUUUUAGAACUUCAAGAUUCCUAACUCAAUCCGAUUUUAAAAGCGUAAUCUGAAAAACGAAAAUGUACCGGAGAACGACUAGCUAUCAGUUCUUGGGGUGCAAGCACGUGACUCAAAAUCCCUCGAGAUAUGAAUAACAAUGAAACAGCCGCCAUGUUGGAUGAUCUAACAAGAGAAGCUAAUGAGGAUUGAUUUGUUAUCGUCAACCAACAUUGCGGCUAUGACGUAACAUGCACCACAAGAAUAAGCUCUAUUUACGAUAGACGCAUUGAUGGUUUUCGCAUUGUACUACAGAUUAGUCAUGUCUGAGGGGACAAAUAACUUCAAAUCAGGAAAUUUUAACCGUUUUAUUAAAAUGAAUUUAACAUUUUCCAUUAGUAGGCCAUUUGCAGGAAACAAUCACAUGACUGUCUCUGGAUGACAAAAAAAAUUUUUUUUUUUUGCUGGAUUGCUAUCGUGAUUUCCAAAACCUUUAUCAAAAUACUUUUUUCCCUCAUAAGAUACUUUCGAUUUCAAGAUGCGAAGCAGUUUAAAGUUUGUUUGCCAUACAGCAGAGCCUAUCCCAAAGAGGCCUGUGACUGAAUUGAUUCGUUAUUGUUUUGAAGUCUGUAGGGGGAAUUUGAAGUACAAUAUGAAAGCCAGCAUGGCAUCUAUCGUGAAUAUAACCUAUACACCAUAAGCUCCAUUCCUUUUAUAGAGCUUUUAAAUGUGACGUCAAUCCUAUAGAAAAAUGACUUCCGAUAUGGCAUUGCAGUGCAUUAUGGGACUUUUGUAGUGGACAAAUACGCCAUAUUGCAAAUAUCUCCUAAGGGAGAACCUAGUAGCAAGCAGUUGAUGUAAUGUGUUUAUAAGAAUAAAAUGAAUAAGACCUAA